AGCCGCAGCCUGCUCGCCUCUCUUUCUCACUCACUCUCUCGUUUAUUCUUUCUGCAGCCACCAAUUGUCGUGUCGAAGAAGAAGCGUUGAAGCACAUUUUGCUCUUAUAGUUUUUAAGAAGCAAUUUUUCGCGUAGCAAACGUAAAGCGAGCUUCAUAAAACCUUACACAACUGAAUGCAAAUUUUAUAAGCCAUAAAUCGGGAUCAAUACCAAGUAUGUGGCUUCAUUAAAACUGUGUGAAAAACGUGGCAGAAAAAUCCAUAUCCCGGGCCAUAGCGGAAGAAAGACAAAAAUGUGAUGUGAAGAAUCCCUAGGUGCUAAUUUAGUUGAUAAGCUCAAACAAUUAGUACAAUAAACGCAAACGAGAAAUAUAUUUUGGCAAACUUUUCGACCGUGUGGCAACGUUUCUAUCAGUAUCAUCCGCGCUUUAAAGUAUGCUACAGCGAAAAGUGAACAGAACACGCGCUGCCAUGCCAACGACGUAGCAGGAAAGAGAGAAACAAAAAAAAAAAAAAGACAAAGCGAGAGAGCGAGCGAGCCAAAAUCAUUUUUGUAGUUACUGCUGGCAAAGAGUUGAAGAUCUGAAGAGCAGGAGAGGAGGAGAGGGGGAGAGAGAAAGAGCACGCAACUGCGAAAUGUCGAAUUUCUUAAUAACCACCGCCGCGCCCAAAAGCCAUAAUAACAGCAACAGCAACAUCAACAGCAGCAACCAACGAUUGCAUCAACUCUAUGGAGUCGGCGUCAAUCAGGUGGCGCGCAAGCUCAGUUAUGAGGUGCUGGGCAACAACAACAACAAUAAUAAUAAUAUUGUGAUCAAAAACGAAAAUCUGCUGGGUAUCCGCAACGACAGCAGCAACAGCGGCGUCGCUGCCCACCUGCGUGAUCACGUGUACAUAAGUCUGAAUAAAGCUGGCGGCUCAACAGCGCCGGCAACCGUGAUAGCAGAAACAUCCAACACACAUCAGAAUCAGCAGCAGCAGCGAAAUAGCGGCGCAGCUGGCAAGACGAACGAUAUCACACAAUAUUACAAGGUCAAGCGCCGACCGAACGUAGCGACCCACGAGAUCCACCCGAAGAAGCAGGCUAAGCAAAGCGCACAGCACCAGACAGUCACCUACAACAACAGCAGCAGCAAGCAGCAGCUGCGCUAUCAUCAUCAUCAUCAUCAGCAGCAGCAGCAGCAGCAGCAGCAGCAGCAACAGCAGCAGCAGUACGAAAUCGACCACGACGUGGAAGACGAUGUGGAGACGAGCAAGUCGGCUGGCAACGGUACUUUGCAUUCGCAUUCGCAUGCACUGUCGCAGCAGCAAACGGCGCUCGUGACACCGUCCUCGGCUUCGACUGGCGGCGGCAAUAGUAGCGGCGGAGGCGGUGAUCGCAAUCGUGCGGACACCUCGCUGGGCAUAUUGACCAAAAAGUUCGUGGACUUGCUGCAGGAGUCGCCGGACGGCGUAGUCGAUCUGAACGAUGCGUCCACCCGGUUGUCCGUGCAAAAGCGUCGCAUCUACGACAUAACCAAUGUCCUCGAGGGCAUUGGCAUCUUGGAGAAGAAGUCCAAGAACAAUAUCCAAUGGCGUGGCGGUCAGUCGCUGGUCAGCAGCGAACGAUCUCGGCUCAUCGAGACCGAGAGUGAGCGACUGGAGCAGCGCGAGAACGAGCUAAACACUUUAAUCGACCAGAUGCGUGCCGAGCUGGCCGAGAUAUCUCAGGAGGUGGAAAAUGUGGGCGGCAUGGCUUACGUAACGCAGAGCGAUCUGCUCAACGUGGAUCUCUUCAAAGAUCAGAUUGUGAUUGUGAUCAAGGCGCCGCCAGAAGCCAAACUUGUACUGCCCAAUACGAAGCUGCCGCGCGAGAUUUACGUCAAGGCGGAGAAUAGCGGGGAGAUAAACGUGUUUCUUUGUCACGAUAACUCUCCGGAGAACUCGCCAGUCUCAGGAGGCUCUGGCAAUGCGGGAGCAGGGUCCCUCGGUAGCAACGGAAUACGCACGGCAACGUCAACGCGACUGCAGCAGCUGGCCAAUCAACGCAUCGAUCCCCUAUUCAACAACAUUGAUGCCAUGAGCACCAAGGGGCUGGGCUCUCCUCCAUAUCGCUUAGCCGCGCAGCGCAACCUCAGCAAAUCCAUUGAAGAAGCGGCAAAGCAAUCCCAGUCUGAUUUUAAUAAUAUUUGUGAUAUUGGCAGCGUCAAAUCUGAAACGGCCUCGCCGCAGCGUCAGCUUCAAUGGCACACGACGCAAGCGAACAACAGCAAUGCUGAUGAUGACGAUGAUGAUGAUAAUGAUGUCGACGACGAACUGAAUCAGCUGGUGCCGACGCUCACCAGCCCAGUGGUGCGAAGUCAACGGCACGGGCGCGCCAUUCAACAGAUUCUAAACAGUCUCACACAAUCCUCGUCUGCUACGACGAACGCCGGAAUGCCUCGUGGCGCUACAGCGCGGCUUUGGCGACGGCCCGGCAACGCAAAUACGCUUAAUAGUCAUAAUCGAUCAGUCAGCAGCAUCAAUCACAAUUCCCAGCCACACAGCGGCACAGUUAAUUACAGCAAUCAGCAGCUGCAGCAGCGCCGUAGCGACGUACCCAUGUAUAACUGUGCAAUGGACGACACAACUGCGUCAACGUAUGCUGUUAGCGAUAACAGCAGCAACAACAACACCCAUAGCAGUGGCAUUAGCAGUGGCAGUGGCAGCGGCAGCGGUAGCAGUAACUCCAAUGCCAUGGGCUCUCUGGACAUGCAGUUUGCGGCAGUUGCCGGCAAUAUGCCAGCGACGACAUAUGGUGACAUCUCUGGCGCUGGCGCCAACAUGAGUCAGCAGCAGCAAUACACCAGCCUAACGCCGGCUGCUGUUGCCGACUGCGACGCCGACAGCGAUGGCAGCAAUGUGGCGCUUCAAGGUCUCGAUGCGCUCCUAGGUGACUUUAGCAACUUUGAUUUCGAUAAAGCUUUUGUGUCCAUCGAUCCGCCAGAUGAUAAUGAAUAUCCCUAUGCUCUUAAUGCCAACGAGGGUAUCGAUCAACUCUUCGACUUCAGCUCUGAUGCCUACGGCACAGAAAACUGCGAAUGGAGGGAUACGGGGAAAAGGAGUGGGGAGGGGUGUUUAUAAUUCAAAAUUAUAUUCAAGAUAAGAAGCGCAUAUUACGUUAGAGAUGAUCUAUUAUUAUUAUUAUUAUUAUUACAACUUUCUGAUUAUUGAGUAAAGCAAAAACUUAAAAGAGAACAACAGCAAAACCUAAAAAAAACAAAAAAACAAAAACAAAAAAACAAAAAAUGUAGCAAACUUAAUGAAACUAAGUUGUGUGUAAAAUUUUAAGCAUUAAAAACUACAUUUAAAUUUAUAAUCCAAACAUGUAUUUUAAGUUUAAAGAAAUUUCCCCCAAAAUGCAAAAUACAUUUUAUAAGCGUAUUUCAAUUAGCAUUAAACAACAAAUAAAAACAGGAACAACGCAAACAAUAGUAAGCACACAAAACAAAGCCUAAAAACACAAAUCAAUUUCAAGAAAAAGAAAAAGAAAAGCCUCAAAAAAGUUGUUUGCGUUCGAGCUGUCUGUAAAAUAGGUGCACACAAAGAAUUUUAAAUUAGUAAAACCAAAUAGUUAUAAAAUUAACGAAAACUGCAAAUACACAACAGAUUGAAGAUUGUCAUCAUUAGCAAUAAUAAAAAUAUUC